AUGUUACAACCAUCCACAUAUUAUUCUGAUAGUAAUUAUAUUUAUUCAACAGAUGGAUUACAAUUAACUAACGCAUCAGAAAUUAGUGUUGAUUCAUCAUUACAAAGGUCUAUAAAACAUUCCUUUUUAAAUCCUGAUUUAUCAAAGAAACAUAAUACACUAACAUUCAUUCUUUGCUUUUUAUUGGGUGUUUGCUAUAAUUUUCAUGGGAAUAUUAUAGCUGGGGCAUCAAUUGAAAUUGGAACAAAGUUAGGUGAUGUAUCAUUAUUUUAUUAUCUUCCUAACUUGUUUUAUCUUUCUAAUGGAACUACAAUUGUGUUGCUUGUAUUUUUAUCAUUUGUAACUCCUAAAUAUCCAUAUUUUUCAUUUUCAUGUAUUUCUUUAAUUGGACAAUAUGUAUUAACUUUUGUUAUGACACCUUUAUUUCCUCCUGUAAUGAGACUGUUUAACUAUUUGGAUCAAAACACAAUGCAUACUGUUCAAAGUAUUGCAAUUUCAGUACUUUCAUUAAUUAACGGAUGUUUAUCUGCAAUUAAUUUUUCUACAUUCAUUUAUAUUUCUUCAACACUUUCACCACAACACUUAAUUGCUUAUAUGGUUGGUAGUUCAGGUGGACCUUUUCUAUCUUCAUUAAUUAAUCUUAUUGACACUACAUCUAGUGAAUCAAAUAAGUGGAUGUAUCUUAUUAUUGUUUGUGUUGGUGUAUUAAUUAUUCCAUUAAUAAUUAUUGUCUAUUUCUUCUUUUGUUAUAAAACUAUUCCUCAUUUCCAUUCUUUAUUUCAUAUUACUGAAGAGACUUCAUUUCUUUCUAUUAAUAAUAGAAUUCCAUCAAGAAUUAGAAGAUUAUUUUUAUCUACUAAAGCAUCUUUAUUAGAAAUUAAGAACGUCGUUGUAACAUUAAAAUAUUCUACCCUUUCUCUUCUUUUUGUUUCAAUUUGUUCAAGUUAUAUUUAUCCAGGAAUGUUAAAUAAUUUUAGUGUAACAACAAUUAACUAUGAUGGUAGGGUGGUUGAUAAUCCUCAUUAUACUUACCAUCUAAAUCUUGUAACAUUUGUAUUUACUGCGUUUGAUUUAAUUGGUUCUAUCCUAACAUUUUUACCAAUUGAACCAUCAAAAAAAUCAUUACUUGGUUCAAGUAUUACACGGUUAACAAUAUUUACUUUAUUUUGUUCAGUAAUGAAUAUUGGCAAUUUGUUUAUUAUUACUGAUAAUGAAAAUGAUCCAUUGGUUCAAAGCACUGGAUAUCUUUUCGGAUUGAUUAAUGUUGUAUGUACUCUUUUACUAGGUAUAACCCAAGGUUAUCUUGUAACUCAUUCAAUACUUAAAAUUUCAAAACACGUAGAAGAAAAAGUUGGUACUAAUGUUACUUUAAUUAUCAUAUCUCUUGGUUCAAUAAUUGGAACAACAAUUCAAAUCUUUGUUUUAUCCAUAUGCUCACCGUUGUAA